CCUUUAGUACCGCUAGUUCUGACACACUUUUCUCUGCAUUCCCUAGUUAGCAUUUGUCCAACCUCGAUCAGUAUCGAAACACGGUUGAUUUUAUCCUCAAGUUUUCGGAGAAAAAAGGUUUUUAGGCUCCUUCUAAAGAUCGUCCCAGAAAAGGAGAGAAGCUGCUAGCAUGGCGUUUGACAAAGAACUCAAUCUUGAGGCCACAGAGCUUAGGUUAGGCCUUCCUGGCACCAAGGAGUCAGAAAAACAACCAACUAUUGCCAUUAAGAGCAACAAAAGAGCAUUGCCAAACUUUAAUGAGGAGUCAUGUGGAUCUAAGGAAAAUUCUAAUGCUUCACAUCUGAUCCAAAAACGUGACCAAGAAAUUGCUUCCCCUGCUAAGGCACAAGUAGUUGGGUGGCCACCUGUGAGAUCUUACAGGAAAAACUGUUUGCAAUUAAAGAAAAUGGAGGCUGAAGCUGCUGGCAUGUACGUGAAAGUUAGCAUGGAUGGAGCUCCUUAUCUAAGGAAGAUUGAUUUGAAGGUCUACAAAGGAUACCCAGAGCUCCUUAAAGCCUUGGAAGAAAUGUUCAAGUUCAGUGCUGGUGAGUAUUCUGAGAGGGAAGGCUACAAUGGGUCAGAAUUUGUGCCGACUUAUGAAGAUAAAGAUGGGGAUUGGAUGUUGGUUGGAGAUGUUCCAUGGGAUAUGUUUCUCUGCUCAUGCAAGAGGCUCAGAAUCAUGAAGGGGUCAGAAGCAAAGGGCUUGGGUUGUGCUGUGUAAAUCCCAUGCACAGUUUAAAAGCCACUGGAAUUUAAUUCAGGGUAGAGAUCUCUUCUAGAAGAUCUCUUAAAGAAAAAGUACAAAAGAAAAGAAGAAAGUAACCCUUUCUCGAGGGCUAUGGAUCAAGAAACGGAGAGGAUUUCGACAGAAAAUUUGGAAAAGAUAUGAAAAGAAAAGAGAAGAAUAUUUGUGCAACAUGCAUGCAUGUAUAGUACUACUUCUACAUAUUUGCUUGAGAUCGAUGAAUUAAUUGUACAAAUUUUCGAGAGAGAGUGAGAUAUAUAUUUAUAAAUACAUUAUAUACUAUGUCAUGUUUCACACAA